AUGGAGCAAUUUGAAAUUAAUGAGAACUUACAAGAAUCUUUACAAUCAAAUAAUGAAAAUGAUCAUUUUGCAAAUACAGAAUCUUCUACUGUUGUAAUGCCACUAGUACCAGGGUAUAUCUAUCCAACUGAAGAUCUUCAACCUCUACUAGACUUGCUCAAAGAUUGGGGAUUGGAAUGCAUAUUUAAAUUAUGCAUUGACAAUUUCUAUACUGUUGGAUUCAAAAUUUAUGCUGUUAAGGAAUCUGUUGUUGGCCAGAGAAUAUCAACAAAAAUUGUAACUGAAAUGGCAGAUGAAUACCUGGAUAUGGGUAGAACAAUGUACACCGACAAUUGGUAUAGCAGCUAUGACUUAGCCACUGAACUUUUAAAAAGAUCUACUCAUCUGGUUGGAACUCUUCGCUCAAACAGAAAAAACAACCCCAUAGAAGUUAUAGAAAAAAAAAUAAAAAGGGGAGAAGUUAUAGCUAAACAGUGCAAUAAAGGUAUAACAGUAUUAAAAUGGAAAGACAARCAUGAUGUAUUAGCUAUUUCUACAAAACACUCUGCAGCCAUGGUUAAAACAACUAAUAAAUUUAGAUCAGAGGUAAUUAAACCAAAACUUAUAUUAGAUUAUAAUAAGGGUAAAUCAUUGGUGGAUGUAUGUGAUCUUAGAAAUUCAUAUCAUAAUCCACUAAGGAGGACAUUAAAAUGGUAUAAAAAAAUUGCAUUUGAAUUACUAUUAAAUACUUCAGUUCUCAACGCUUUAUCGUUGUAUGAAGAAAUAACUAAACAAAAAAUAGAUAUAACUACAUUUAGAGAAAACUUAAUUGAACAUUUAUUAAGUAAAAAUGAAGAGAUUCCAACUGAAAAUGUGCACAAAUUAGUAGAAACUAAAUCAAGAGGGUGUUGUGCUAGCUGUUAUAAAAAUAUGGUGGAACAGGGUGGACGUUUAUAUGCUCAAAGAAUCACUAGACAAAUUAAAACUAAAUGUGCUAGUUGCAUAAAAUUUUAUUGUAUUCCAUGUUUUYYKRARRAMMMMAAAWWAAWWAAAAAAUAA